AAACAAAACAGUGAAUAUAUAACGGUGUAUAUAAAAAUGCCGCAAUCUUCGGAAAAACGACGUAACGGGACGAUGCGUAGUAAAUAUCAGCUGUUUGGUAACUGUCGCGUAUAGAAUUUUGGUGGCGUAAAGCUUUACCUCUUGCUUUGAAUUUUCUCGGCUGUUCGGUUCCUGAAGAAACGCUUCAAUGCUAUCGCGUGGGUGGUCCGGCUGGUCCAUUCUGCCCAAAGGUCCAUGCCGGAUGAUUGUUCGGAGCAACUACACCAGUCGGGGAGAGUUAUAUAAUAAAUGCUACCGUAUACUAGGGGUCACGGAUCAAUCCGACCAGAACACGGUCCGACAGGCGUACAUAGCGAUGGUCAAGAAAGUGCACCCGGACAGUGGCCAACCGGAGGCGAACGCCGAGAAAUUCCAAGAAGUGGACGCCGCCUUUCGAAUCUUGCAGCAAAAGUUUGCCAAAUCUCGGCGUGGAAUCGUUGAGGAUAUGCAGGACAAGGUCAAGGUGUUUGACAUCCGUCACACUGCGCCCCAGCAUCGGCAAUAUUUGAGCUUCGACGGGGUAGGAGUGGGAACUCCGGCCCAGCGUCAGAAGCAGUAUCAAGCGGUUCGAGCUCAGCGGGCGCAAGAAAGGGUGCUGGAGCACCGGAUGUCCAAAGCCCAGGCGUCCGAAAUGGCGCUGAUGAAGAAGGGCGAUUAUUUUAAAAAGCACGAGAUUAAAACAAAGUACGGCUACGACCGAGUGGUGGAAGAUUUGAUUCAGGAAGCGAUGGGUAGGGGUGAUUUUAGCAACUUGUCCGGAUUUGGGAAACCGCUACCGGAUCUGACCAGUCAGAACCCCUAUGUGGACUUCACCACGCACAAAAUCAAUAAAAUCAUGUUGGACAAUGGGUUUACUCCGGAAUGGAUCACGCUCCACAAGGAAAUUCGAGAAGAUACGGAAAACCUGAAACAAAGUCUGGAGAAGGAACGUGGCCGCUUGGGGGAAUUCCCAUUGACCCCGCAAGACGAAUACAAAUGGGAGAAGGCACUUGAAUCGCACGCAGCGCUUUCCACGGGAAUCAACAAGAAAAUAGACAAGUUCAAUCUGAUUGUGCCGGUGCUGAACCGUCAGAUGGUGCGGUUGGACCUGAGGCAGCUGGCCGGUAAAGUUUUGGAAACGGGAAAGCAUAGGGGCCAAAUACGACGAGAAGAGGAACUGCUUUCACCGGUUAACAAUCCCAAGGAGACCCACAAAACUAAUAUUUUUAGUUUUAUUGGCUCGUUGUUAAAGAAAGAAAACUAUUGAAAUUUAUCAAGGGAGUUUAGCUUUGGGGUUGCAGGACCUGUUGAAGGUGCCACGAUUAUUAUAGUACAUAUUUGU